AUACGUCCUCGGGCAGUCGGAGGAGGAGGUCGUGCCGCGUCCCGACUUGUGGUCGAGACUCUGGACAGUGAGGAUUCACCGCGUCGCAUAGGGGAGAUGCAGAGAGAGUGGAGAGAGUGGAGAGAGUGAGAGAGGGCGGUGGUUAUUAUCGAAGCCAUUUGGUGAUGAUACGGGAGUAUUGUGAACUGACGGAAGUGGCUCUGAUGGAAGGAUGAAACUCUGGUGGUGAAACGGAUCACGGUCGGUGACGUGGAAUUGACUUGACGUCAGGUGACGUUAAACGAAAGCAAGUGACGGAAUCUUGGUAACUGACAGAAAAGUGAUCACGGGCUGAGACUCAUUAUAAGAAAUUUUAGCAGCAUCUGUGGCUGUUGAAAAAAACGACAAAUUAAACGCUGAGCCACAAAUACACUCCAACUGAUUAAUUUUGUCAAAUCCCUUUCAUUUUCAUAUCCUCCUCUCUUUUUGUCAGAGCAUUUACGGGAUCAUUAGUGACAACUCAACGUCAGUUAUGAAAAUCUGUUAUCUGUUUCGGAUGAAUGAGAUCUCCGACCGCCACUACGCCUUAACAUUCAUUCAAACGCAACGUGCGUGAAACUUGCCGCGUGUGAACGCUACGACGUGUGAACACUCCAAGAGCGGAAUGCCGCGCGUAACAGCACGACUCGUGUGAACAUCACCCCAAGAUCUCCACGUGUGAGCAAUAACACGUGUGAACAGUGUCUCGUACACCACGUGUUGGAAGUCACCACGUGUCAUCAGCCAUGGAAUCCGCAUCCGCCGAAGACAUGUGCGCGAAUGAGACUACAAACAUGUUUGGAGGGUUCGAAUUCGCCAACUUCUCGUACCCACAGAAGUACGAUCCGCUGGACUUCAGUACUGCCGAUCUUGUCAAGAUGGUCGCGUACGGCAUCGUCUUUUUCGUCUCUCUCAUCGGCAAUCUCAGCGUCGUGGCCAUCUCUGCUGCCAACUCCCACAUGCGGAGCGCCAUAAAUGCCUACCUGGUCAAUCUGGCAGCAGCGGAUAUCUGCAUCGUGCUGUUUUGUAUGUGGGUACAUCUGGUGAAUAACUUGAGCGAGCCGAUGUUCGUGCUGGGAGCAUUCUGGUGCAAGUUUAACGGAUUUGCGCAAAUGACGUCACUAACGGCCUCCGUUCUGACACUGACGGCCAUCGCCUGUGAUCGCUUCUCCGCCAUCAUGUUCCCGCUGCGUACACUGCGCAUGCGCGGAGUUCAUCGCUCGACGGCCAUCAUUGUUUUGAUUUGGCUGGUGUCUGCCGCGGUGGCUCUGCCUCUUCUUCUUUAUCGGGACCUCAUGGAAGUACAGUGGAAGGAUGUGGUGGAGGUCACGUGUCAGGACUCGUGGCCGGUGGCGCACGUCUGGGACCCCCUGCUGGGCAGGUGUACGAGGACCCACAAACACAAGAUCGCCUACUAUACAAUGGUGACUCUGGCGUUGUUUUUCGCCCCUAUCGGCAUCAUGGGCGUAACGUACGCGCUCAUCAUCUGGAGGCUAUGGGUAUCUGCUGUACCUGAUAUAGGAGGCACGUCCCGGGUGCACUCCCAGCAUAACGCCAAGAAAAAGGUAAGCCACUAACAAAAAAAAAGAAGAAAAAAAGU